AUGGCGAGGAAUCCAAAACAAAAACGUAGUUCUGUGCACAUGUAUGUCAAGUGGAACCCGCCUGUGGAUUCCAAUAUUAUGCUUAAUACAGAUAGUGGUUUUGAUUCUGCCUCAGGCUUAUCAACCUUAGGAGGAACUUGUCCUACUUCAAAGCCUCUUGAGACAGAAAUGCGGGCUCUGUUGCUAGGUCUCGCCUUAGCUCUGCAAUAUGAGAUAAUGCAUCUGGAAAUUAACAUUGACUCACUACAGUACCUCCUCCGUAGGAUGGGUGAUACACGGGUUAGUCAUGUUUACAGGGAACAAAAUAAACUAGCGGAUGCUUUAGUUGCUGUCGCCAUAACUACUAUUUUUGUGGAUAACAACACUAUGCUGUUUUGGAACUCUCCAGCAUCCUUGACGGAUAUUUUGCGGGCUGACAAGAAUGGAGAGCUGUAUAGUAGAAGAGUGCAGGUUGCGUCCCACUCCAGUAGGUUAAUGUUUAAUACUAGUUCGGCUAGGCAGGUUGUACAUACAUCAUCUGCUAGUUCCGUUAUUUCUGUAGUGGCACAGCCACAACUUUUGACCCUGUAA